AUGUUAAACAAGAACAUUCUGCUGUUUUCUCUUAAGAUUAGUCUCUUAGGAAUCACUCUUGGCGGCAAUGUUCUGAUUUGGCCAAUGGAAGGGAGUCAUUGGCUGAACAUUAAGAUAAUUAUAGAUGAAUUGAUUAAAAAAGAGCAUAACGUGACUGUCUUAGUUGCCUCUGGUGCACUUUUCAUCUCACCAGCCGCUAAACCAUCUCUGAUGUUUGAAAUUUAUAAGGUGCCCUUUGGCAAAGAAAGAAUAGAAGGAAUCAUCAAGGACUUUGUCUUGACAUGGAUGGAAAAUAGGCCAUCUCCUUCAACCAUUUGGAGAUUCUAUCAGGAGAUUGCUAGAGUCCUCAAGGACUUUCACAUACUGUCUAGAGAAAUCUGUGAUGGUGUUCUCAAAAACCAAAACCUGAUGGACAAGCUGAAGAAAAGCAAAUUUGAGGUCCUAAUAUCAGAUCCAGUAUUUCCUUGUGGUGAUAUAGUAGCUUUAAAACUGGGAAUUCCAUUUAUGUUCUCCUUGAGGUUUUCUCCAGCUUCAACAGUGGAAAAGCAUUGUGGGAAGGUACCAUUCCCUCCUUCCUAUGUACCUGCUAUAUUAUCAGAACUCUCCGACCAGAUGUCUUUCACUGACAGAGUAAGAAAUUUCAUCUCCUACCAUCUACAGGACUACAUGUUUGACAGUCUUUGGAAAUCAUGGGAUUCCUACUAUAGUGAAGCUUUGGAUGGUAGUCAUUGGUUAAAUAUUGAGAUCAUUCUAGAAGAGCUGAUUCAAAGAAAUCACAAUGUGACUGUACUGGCUUCAUCAACAACUCUAUUAAUCAACUCUAAUCCUGAUUCUCCCGUGAAUUUUGAGGUGAUACCUGUCUCCUAUACGAACAGCAAUAUAGAUUCCUUAAUUGAACAUAUGAUAAUGCUGUGGAUGGACCACAGACCAACUCCUCUCACACUCUGGACUUUCUAUAAGGAACUAGGAAAUCUUCUAGAUACUUUUUUUCGAAUCAAUAUACAAAUCUGUGAUGGAGUAUUAAACAAUCCCAAGUUAAUGGCAAGACUUCAGAAAGGUAGUUUUGAUGUGUUAGUAGCAGAUCCAGUAACUAUCUGUGGGGAUCUGGUUGCUCUGAAAUUAGGAAUUCCAUUUGUAUACACAUUGAGGUUCUCUCCAGCCUCCACAGUUGAGAGACAUUGUGGGAAAAUGCCAGCACCUGCCUCCUACGUACCCGCAGCUUUGUCAGAGCUCACUGACCAGAUGACCUUUGGUGAGAGGGUUAAAAAUACUAUCUCUUAUCCUCUGCAAGACUACAUAUUUCAGUCCUACUGGGGAGAAUGGAAUGCAUACUACAGCAAAGUUCUAGGAAGACCCACUACAUUAUGUGAGAUUAUGGGAAAAGCAGAAAUUUGGCUAAUCAGGACGUACUGGGAUUUUGAAUUUCCUCGCCCAUACUUGCCUAAUUUUGAGUUUGUAGGAGGGCUGCAUUGUAAACCUGCCAAACCAUUACCUAAGGUUUUAUGGAGAUACAAAGGAAAGAAACCAGCCACAUUAGGAGACAACACUCGUCUCUAUGAUUGGAUACCCCAAAAUGAUCUUCUUGGUCAUCCCAAAACAAAAGCUUUUAUCACUCACGGUGGAACCAAUGGGAUCUAUGAAGCUAUUUACCAUGGGAUUCCUAUGGUGGGAGUUCCUAUGUUUGCUGAUCAACCUGAUAACAUCGCUCACAUGAAGGCCAAAGGAGCGGCUGUGGAGGUGGACAUAAACACAAUGACCAGUGAAGAUCUGCUCAAUGCCUUGAGAACAGUCAUUAAUGAACCUUCUUAUAAAGAGAAUGCAACAAGGUUAUCCAGGAUUCACCACGAUCAACCUGUAAAGCCCUUGGAUCGAGCAGUCUUCUGGAUAGAGUUCGUCAUGCGUCACAAAGGAGCCAAGCACCUGCGGCCGGCGGCUCACAACCUCACCUGGUUCCAGUACCACUCUCUGGAUGUGAUUGGGUUCCUGCUGGCUUGUGUGGCAGCUGCUAUCUUCUUGGUCACAAAAUGUUGUUUGUUUUUUUAUCAAAAAUUUGGUAAAACAGGAAAGAAGAAAAAGAGGGAAUAGAUCUUUCUAAGUGUGGCAAAGGCCUUGAUGGGCAAUCCUGUUCAUUCUAGCCACAGUGACCUUAAUGAAAACAGAUUAUCUCCAUCCCAUUUUCAAAAUACCCAUUCCUCUACCUUAGCCUAGAGAUAAAGCCUAGAAUUCAGCACGAUCAUCAACUAGUGAACAUGUCCCAGUGUUCCUUUGUCUUUUCCCAAAUGCCUAUACCCUCUUGUUUUUCUGACACAGGGACACUAAUGAUUUCAUGAAUCUUCUAUUUCAUUAUGCUUAACCUUAAGAAUAUGCUGACUAACAAUAUGCUGAAUCCUGAGGAGUGCACGAAAUGUUAGUUGUGAUGGAUGUAGGGAAUAUAGAAGAAUAAAAUUCACAACUUCCCCAAGAAUAUACAAAGCAAGGAACCACCAUAGAAGGUUAGUAUGCUAUAAAAAGAGUGAUUAUUUCUUUUUUUCAUAGAAAACAAGCCCUUCUGCUUGUCCAGAGUUAUUGGGGUUAGAGCCUAAAUUGAUAACUGUUAUAGUACAUCAAAGUCGGGAAGGUCUACAAAUUCCAUUCAAUACAUAGAUAAUUAUGGCCUGUGUACCUGCCUGCAAUCAGCUAACACUCUUGUGUGCCUUUUAAUGCAGGGGUCUGGGGACUGCUCUCAAACAAAAGAGAUUAAUUGAGUUAUUAUUUUUUCUCAGGGACAGAGAAUGUCAGCAAUAUCUUAAAGGUGAUCAGAUCAUUUAUAGAGGAAAUAAUUAAGAAAUAUAGAAAAAAUUACAUGAAACUUUUAAUUAACACUGAUAACAUUAAAGUGAAAUGUCAAUUUAUUAUAUUGAAAAAUCACUAAUGUCCAUAAACUAUAAUCACUCUUUAUAAUCAAAGAUUUAGUUUUCUAACAAAAACAAAUAUUUACUUGGAAUGUAAGAUCAUUGUAUUAUUUUUCAGUCUGUGUUAUUUACAAAUUUAAAUUUAUCAAUUAAUUAUUAUGCCAAGGAUGUAAGAUAUUAGCAGAUUUGCUUGACUAAUGACAUGCUUUAGUAAAUAUUUAUCAUGGAAAACACUAAUUAAAAUUCAUAUUUGAAUCAGCUCUGCAUUAAUUUAACAAAUGAAAGCUGUGCUUACUUUACCCCUUAUAAACUUAAUGACAUAUUCUAAUAAAAGUUUUAAUUUCAGUAUUUCUUGUGUAAUUGAGGUGAUAAAUGACAUCCAUUAGCUUACUGAAAAUUUUGAAAUUCAUAUUCAUGUCAGUAUGGCAUAUUGAAAAUUACUUUCAAUUUAAAAAUAACUGCCUGACAUAUAGGAAUAUGUAUUUGUUUUUGAAUAUGUACAUUACCAAAAAUGCAA